UUAUCCUCCUCAGUAAGUCCUCAAAUAAUAUUCACGAGCUCUUUUCUUCUAUCAUCUCCUUCAUUCUCUCCACAAAACUCAACUCAAGAGCACUCUUGUCUUACUUCGUUUCUUUGACAAAACAAAAUUUUAAAGCAUUAUACACAGCUUCAGCCCAAAAACUCAGAGAACCUUCUGCUCUCUCUCUCACGGUUGAAGUGGCUCCAGACAUCCACCACUCUGAUACCUUCUUGUCUUACUUCGUUUCUUUGACAAAACAAAAUUUUAAAGGUAACAUUUGAUCUUGUAACUCAGAUUCUCUUUUCUCAGUUUCUGAUACAAAAUGCUUCACUUCUCAUACAUUCUCACGUCUGUCUCUUUUAACACAAAAGCAGAGAUGGGUUUUUUCACCAACUCCCACUAACACUACUCUAAUAGCCUUACUUAGUAGUCUACUUUCACAAGCAACUUAUAUGGGACUAUGGAAAGUCCUGAUGCACACUCCUGUAAUUACGCUGCAUAUAUUACCUCUUAAUUCCUGCAUAUACACUUACCUAGUUUGUACGAUCUCCUCUGUAUAAAUCUAGAGCUCUGUUCUUGUGAAUAAUAUUAUUCGAUUCCAUCAUACAAUAUGGUAUCAGAGCGUUAACAAUCAAAACCCUAAUUUUUUUUAUUCUCUCUUCCGCUUCUCCUUCUCUUUCUUAUUCUCUCAACUCUAUUCUGAUUCAUCAUGUCUGAUAAUCAACAAUCCUCUGCUGCGACAACCACUUUCUACAAUGCUGAAAAUCCUUCGACAACGUUGAUCUCGAUCAACAUGUCGAACAUUACCAAACUCACGCAUCUCAAUUUCAUCAUGUGGAGCAGACAGAUCCGGGCUCUUCUUGAAGGCCACGAGCUUCAUCACUUCCUUGAUGCACCUGCUCCCCUAGCUACGAUCGUAGUUGAUGGCACUGCCUCUCCCAAUCCAGACUACGCUCCAUGGCGACGUCAGGAUCGACUUCUCUACAGCGCUAUCAUCGGUGCUAUCUCACUUCCGGUUCAGCCUGUCAUGUCCAGCGCCAUGACAACUGCUGAUGUCUGGAAUAUUCUUGCGUCGACUUAUGGAAAUCCAACAAGGGGUCACAUACGACAACUUAAGUUCCAGAUCAAGACGACUGCCAAGGGAACCAAAACCAUAAGCGAGUAUCUCCGUAUCAUCAAAUCAAAAGCCGAUGAACUUGGUUUACUAGGAAAGCCUCUGGAUCCAGAAGAUCUCACUGAACAGAUCCUUGCAGGUCUGAGUGAAGACUACAAGCCAGAGAUCGAUGCUAUAAAUGGCCGUGACAAUCCGAUCUCCUUUGCUGAGCUCCAUGAACGUCUGCUCAAUCGGGAGGCGAUGAUCCUCUGUUCUGAAGCUCCUCCAACUGGUCCUAUUACUGCUAACGCAACUGAUACUCGCCCACGUCAAAACUGGAAAUCCAACAACAAUAACUCACGCAGCAACUACACGGCUUCACCUCAGUUCAACAAGAACCGUAACACACGACCCUACCUUGGUCGCUGCCAAGUGGGAUCCAAGGACAUAGUGCUAAGAAUUGUCCAGAGUUCCGUAUCGUUCGUGGCUCUGCCUCUGCCUCUGCUUAGCCAUGGCCAUCAACGAACAACACCAGACCGUGGCAACCAUUCCCACAGCAGUCAUGGAGACCACAAGCGAAUCAUGCAAUGCUACCUGCCUCAGACUCCUCUACUUGGCUCCUUGAUUCUGGCGCCUCUCACCAUAUGACAUCAGACCUUGCGAACCUGUCUCUUCACUCACCAUACACUGGAGGCGAUGAUGUCUUGCUUGGUAAUGGCUCCAGUUUACAAAUCACUCAUACUGGUUCCUUAUCUACACCCUCUUUUACUCGUCCCUUCUUUCUUGAUAAUGUUCUUUAUGUUCCAUCUCUAGACAAAAAUUUACUCUCUGUUUUUCAGUUGUGUUAUACUAAUGGUGUUUCUGUUACAUUCACUCCCACUUACUUCCAGGUCAGGGAUCUGAACACGGGGGUUCUUCGGUUGGAAGACAAGCCUAAGAAUGGAACCUAUGAGUGGCCAAAACUUUCGACUACUACACCUCCUUCACUUGCUUUUGCUUCUGCUAUUAAGACUUCGAUUUCGGAUUGGCAUUCUCGCUUGGGCCAUCCUGCUUUACCUAUUUUAAAAACUAUUCUUUCUCGAUUUGAUUUACCUUUAUCUUCUAAAGCUAUUUUUGACAAGCCUUGUAAUGCUUGUUCUAUCAAUAAAAUGCAUAAGUUACCUUUUCAAAAUUCGACUCUAGUCUCCACUCAUCCUCUUCAUGUUGUUUUCUCGGAUGUUUGGACCUCACCAGUUCCUUCAAUCGAUGGUUUUAAGUACUACGUUUUGUUUGUUGAUCAUUUUACGAGAUAUACAUGGUUAUAUCCAUUAAAACAAAAGUCUCAUGUUCAUGAAGUCUUUGUUAAGUUUAAAGCGUUGGUUGAAAACCAAUUUCAAUCAAAGCUGCGAACACUGUAUACGGACAAUGGUGGUGAGUAUAUCGCACUAGCAAAGUUCCUAUCUAGUCACGGUAUAUCUCAUUUCACCACUCCGCCACACACG